GUUGGACAACCACAAGCAUGAGAAAGCACGCCUUUGAUACUCUUGUUAUAUGUGAAUCAACAGGAGUCAAUAGCAAGGGUAGGAAUCGUCUUCGCCUUUCUAGAACGUAUAAUCAAUCCGAUUUUCCUGCUCCCCUACAAUUACCCUUACCUACUCCCUAUAUCAACAUUAUGUUCCACCUUCUUUUCACAGCAUUAUCAAAAAUGGCGGAAAAAAUCCUCACUACUCUGUGUCGUCCGGACCAACUUCAGGAUGCUGCGUCGUUCUUGUCAAAGGCAAGUGAGGAAUCCGCUGCUAAGCGUCGCAAAAUGGAUAAUGAUAAACGUGGUGGAGCAGCUAUAUUUAUUAAGGGUAGGUUAAAGGUGCUUUUCUUACCGCUUUUUAUGCCUCUCUCCCUUAGGAGGGGAAAGGCAUAAAAAGCGGGGUAAGCGAGCACCAACAACCUACCUCUAAUUUUAGUAAAGGAAACAACAAGAACACAAACACCACCAGCACGCUGGAAAUCUUGAAAAAGCUUGAAGGUUUUUAUCUGAAAGAAGUGUUGGGGAGUUCUACACUGUUGCUCAAGCACGACAAGCAGAACGUAGAAGCUUUGUUGUCGUUUGAUAAGAUCCACUCUGAGGACAUCGCUGCAAUCUUUCAGAAGAGCAGCACCCCUGAUGAAGAAGACGAAAAUACUGGUACUUCAUCUUCAACUACAACUACAUCUGCUUCUUCGUGGCAACAAGUUCUUACUUCUUUGUUGAAUCGAGUGAACAAUGGUAUUGGAGAUGAACUCCAAGAAGAAGAUGAAAUAAAUUCGAAAAAAAGCACUGAGGAAGAAAAAGCUCCUGUCCUCCAAAAUGACCGCUACACUUCUGGAGUCCGCAUCCGGAACGCUGCUGAUCUGCAGUUGUCUCUCGUGCUGCCUGCUGACCGCAGAGACGUCUACAAGGCCACACCGGAAAAGAUCGUGCGUUUGCUCGAGACACCAGAGUUGUACACCAAUGUGACGAAGAAGAAAUUCGUGGAGAACCCGAAAACUGUGACGCGUGAUGCGUGGGUCCGCAAUAUCCUGCGGAAGGAGGCUGAGCAAGAUCGUGUACUCUUUGAAACGGAGAAGUACUUGGUAGUGAAGGACAGCAAAUGGGUGGAUGAGGCUGACGAAAAAGUGGGCGAAGAGGACACCACGUGCACUACUUCUAGUACGUCUAAAACUACCGCGAAAGAGGCACAAAACCUUCAUUGUCUUCUUCUCCUCAAGGAUGAAACUAUUCGCAGCUUACGCGACCUCAAAGGCGAAAAGCACUUGCCGGUUUUGACCAAGGUUUUUGAGGAAAUCAUCCCUAGUCUCUCCAAAACCUACAGCAUCCCGGAAACGAACUUUCUCUCUUUUGUGCAUUAUCAUCCAACUUUCUGGUACUUCCAUGUCCACAUCAUGACAGCAGAGAACCCAAUGUUUGCCUCGAACAAAGACCACACGAAUCUAGUUUUGAGCAUCUUCGACCGCUUUCACAAGUUGGAAAUCAUCACCGCACUACUCGAAGCAGACUCAGAGCACUACGCGAAAUGCAAUUUACCCCUGGUGCUCAAGCCGGAGAUCGCGGCUUGGUACUCGAACAAGGAAAAGGAUGCAGGCAGGAACAACAAGGACACAGAAGAUCAAGGAGGAAAGCGAGAUGGUGAGAAGAAACGAAGGAAGAAGGAAUAAGUAAUUGCAGUUAACAAGGCGAAGAUGACCUCCAGAUAUAUGACGAAGCAGACACAAAAACAAUCCGAAUGAAACCAAAUAGACAACAUUUGAAAUUGCGAUGUACUACAGAAGUUGUCAACAUGCAUUUCUUCUACUUAUUUGAGUUCGAUGAAGGCUUACAAAGUGAACGUCCCUUUUUCCUCAUUCCAUUUUACCCCUUCCAUUUUGAUUUAAUCGGAUGGAAUCGAUGUCCAUCCUCAUGUCUGUCCAUGGGGACAUCAGUGAUUGGACCAUCCUUCCAAUGGAUGGCUUCGAAGGUGGUAGCACCUCAGGGAAACGCAUUCGCUGGUAGUUUGAAACUGGCAGCACUGAAAUGGGGCGUUGUGAGGAUGCUGGGAGUUUGAAACUGGCAGCACUCAAAUGCAAUGAGGAUCAUAAUCAAC